AAUGCUUCUUGUGUGACGUAUAAUCUAGUGGACGAGAUGGGCAGCUUCUUCACCAGCAACAACAUGCUGAUUUAACCACGCGGUAGCUUGCUAGUUAACAUAAAACCGAAACAUUGAAGCUUUUUAGACCAAUCUUGUGUAUAUUACUCUUAGUGUUUAGAACAAAAAUGUGUUUACGUUUUUACUAGUUAAUUUAAACGUAAUUUGCUUGUUAAAUUUGCAAAUGUGUUAAAUUGAUACUGCACUAAGCUAAUCGUCCGGAUCAUGAGGUCACUAACCUCGACGGAGAAAGAAGCUGUGAUGAAAGGAGAGGAAGAAGCUUUCAGAAUGAAAAAGGAGGAAGAGGAUGAUAUUACAGUGAAAGAGGUUGUCAAAAAGGAGGAAGAUGCCAUAACAUUGGAAGAACAUUUUAGAGUAAAAGAGGAAGAGGAGGCUAUCUCAAUAAAAGAGAAGAAGGAAGACGUUUUGGGAGUGAAAAAGGAGGAGACUGAAUAUCAGAUUAAGACCAGAGAGAUACAUUACUAUUAUGGAUCCCCUGGGGAGCCUCAACAACAUCCUGAUGCUGACGAGGCAGAGAAGAGUCUCUCCAGAUCAGAACACCAGAUGGACAAUGCUAGCCCUUCCUCCCUCCUGGAGUCCCCGUGUCGUGCCUCUCCUGUUAGCACCUUACUGCUGGGUAUGAAGAGGUUGUCUGUGCUGCUGGUGGACUGCAGGAAAACAACGGGGCUGAGUGGAACUGUGAGAGGAGGAGAAGAGAAGAAAAGAUCAGAUUUGACACAUCAAAGAGGAAAACCAAACUUGGAGAAACCAGAAACGUCCAAACCAGCAAGACAACACCUCUGCUCCCACUGUGGAAAGAGUUUUAACCAGUUCGUUAGCAUGAGAAGACAUGAGAGAAUACACACAGGGGAGAAGCCACACCAUUGCACACAGUGUGGAAAGAGUUUUAACCAGUUAGGAAACAUGAAAUCUCACGAACGAAUACACACAGGGGAGAAGCCUUUCCAUUGCUCCCAGUGUGGAAAGAGUUUUGGAGAGUCAGGAAACCUGAAUGCUCACGAGCGAAUGCACACAGGGGAGAAGCCUUACCACUGCUCCCACUGCGGAAAGCGUUUUAACCAUUCAGGAAAGCUGAAAGAACACAUGAGACUGCACAAAGAGGAGAACCCUUACAAAUGCUCAGACUGUGGGAAGACAUAUUACUCAUCAUGGUCACUUAAACGUCAUGUGAGAAUCCACACGGGAGAAUAAUUACUUCUCUUAGGUUUUUCACAUCACGUUGACUUAAAAUUCAUCAGAGAACAUACACAGUGGUCCCGUUGUCUUAUAUUGUUGACUGAGAAUGUGUUUACCUGUUUAUACCAGAUGAAAUUGAAUUGUACAAAGUAUACUUAAACAUAUAUUUGUGUGUUUUUAUUAGAAAACAUGAAUUGAGUAUGUAAGUUUGAAUAGAGAGUUGUAUAUUAUUUUUUAAACUCUUUGUGUGUGUUUAUCUGGGUGUGUCAUUCCUCCAGCACUACAGAUAAUCAAGUGAUAUUUGGAUGUGAUGCAUUAGUUCCAUUGUUGACAUUUGCAUUGUUGGCCCACUGAUGAUUUAAUGAAAUGAAAAUGUUCAGACUCUGUAAUGGAAAAUGUUAAUUGUUUGUGUGUCCACAUAACUGAGUAUGUGACUAACCUUGUGAAACUGUCCUAUUAUAAUCUCCUGUUCUUGGGAGUAUCAUUCUGUGUUGCAAACCAGCUGCACCUGCAUCCUUGUAUGAAUAAAGUCCCGCCCAGGAACAGGAAACUAUAAAGAUAUGUGCUCAUCACCCAAUGCUUCAGGAAUUCAGACUGUCUACACUGCGCUGUGUAACUCUGUUAUUCUCUCUGAGCUCAGAAAUAAAGAAUCUUGGUUUGA